GUGGCGGCGGCUGUGGCGGUAGCGACGGCGGGCCGUAGGGCGACCGGAAGGUUUCCGGUUCCGGUGUAACGUUCGGGCUCCGUCUCAGGGGCUGAAGUUUGUGAGAUAGCAUUGAUGACUGAUACUGAAUUAGAAUUAAAACAUCUAAUGACUGGGGCAUGGUGGUGUACUCCCAGAAUCCCUGACUGGGCAAGAGGAGGCAGGAGGAUUGCCAAUGUUAAGUUCUGCUUGAGUUACACAGUGAGCUCCUGUCUCAAAAACCAAAACAGCUAGUGGGACACUUCCUUCCUUUGAGGUAUAGUAUCUCAUCUCCUUUCCCCCAAAAUGGCGCUAUCUAAGCGGGAGCUGGAUGAGCUGAAACCAUGGAUAGAGAAGACGGUGAAGAGAGUGCUGGGCUUCUCGGAGCCCACGGUGGUCACUGCGGCACUGAACUGUGUGGGGAAGGGCAUGGACAAGAAGAAGGCAGCAGAUCACCUGAAACCUUUUCUUGAUGAUUCUACUCUCCGAUUUGUGGAUAAGCUGUUUGAGGCUGUGGAGGAAGGCCGAAGUUCCAGACAUUCCAAGUCUAGCAGUGACAGAAGCAGAAAACGAGAGUUAAAGGAGGUGUUUGGUGAUGACUCUGAGAUCUCAAAAGAAUCAUCAGGGGUAAAGAAGCGGCGAAUACCCCGUUUUGAGGAAGUAGAAGAGGAGCCAGAGGUGAUCCCUGGGCCUCCAUCAGAAAGCCCUGGCAUGCUGACAAAGCUGCAGAUCAAACAGAUGAUGGAGGCGGCAACACGGCAAAUUGAGGAACGGAAAAAACAACUGAGCUUCAUUAGCCCCCCUACACCUCAGCCAAAGACACCUUCUUCUUCCCAACCAGAGCGACUUCCGAUUGGCAACACUAUUCAGCCCUCCCAGGCCGCUACGUUUAUGAAUGAUGCUAUUGAGAAGGCAAGGAAAGCAGCUGAGCUGCAAGCACGAAUCCAAGCCCAGCUGGCUUUGAAACCAGGGCUGAUUGGCAAUGCCAACAUGGUGGGCCUGGCUAAUCUCCAUGCCAUGGGCAUAGCUCCACCGAAAGUAGAGUUAAAAGAUCAGACUAAACCUACACCGCUGAUCCUAGACGAGCAAGGUCGCACUGUAGAUGCGACAGGCAAGGAGAUUGAGCUGACACAUCGGAUGCCCACCCUAAAGGCAAAUAUUCGAGCUGUGAAAAGGGAACAGUUCAAGCAGCAGCUGAAAGAAAAGCCAUCAGAGGACAUGGAAUCUAAUACCUUCUUUGACCCCCGAGUUUCAAUUGCCCCUUCCCAGCGCCAAAGACGCACUUUUAAAUUCCACGACAAGGGCAAAUUUGAAAAGAUUGCUCAACGAUUACGGACAAAGGCUCAAUUGGAGAAGCUGCAAGCAGAGAUUUCACAGGCUGCUAGAAAAACAGGCAUUCACACGUCUACUAGGCUUGCCCUUAUUGCUCCUAAGAAAGAGCUAAAGGAAGGCGAUAUCCCUGAGAUUGAGUGGUGGGACUCUUACAUCAUACCCAAUGGCUUUGACCUUACAGAGCAAAAUCCCAAGAGAGAAGAUUAUUUUGGAAUCACAAAUCUUGUUGAACAUCCAGCCCAGCUUAACCCUCCAGUCGACAAUGAUACACCAGUUACCCUUGGCGUAUACCUUACAAAAAAGGAGCAGAAGAAACUUCGGAGGCAAACAAGGAGAGAAGCACAGAAGGAGCUACAGGAGAAAGUCAGGCUAGGUCUGAUGCCUCCUCCAGAACCCAAAGUGAGAAUCUCAAAUUUAAUGCGAGUAUUAGGAACAGAAGCAGUCCAAGACCCUACAAAGGUAGAAGCCCACGUCAGAGCUCAGAUGGCAAAGAGACAGAAAGCGCACGAAGAGGCCAACGCUGCCAGAAAACUUACAGCAGAACAGAGAAAGGUCAAGAAAAUUAAAAAGCUUAAAGAAGACAUUUCACAGGGGGUGCACAUAUCUGUGUAUAGAGUUCGAAAUUUGAGCAACCCAGCCAAGAAGUUCAAGAUUGAGGCCAAUGCUGGGCAGCUGUACCUGACAGGGGUGGUGGUGCUGCACAAGGAUGUCAACGUGGUGGUAGUGGAAGGGGGCCCCAAGGCCCAGAAGAAAUUUAAGCGUCUCAUGCUACAUCGGAUAAAGUGGGAUGAGCAGACAUCCAACACGAAGGGAGAUGAUGACGAGGAGUCUGAUGAAGAAGCUGUGAAGAAAACCAACAAAUGUGUACUAGUGUGGGAGGGUACAGCCAAAGACCGGAGCUUUGGAGAGAUGAAGUUUAAACAGUGCCCGACAGAGAACAUGGCUCGUGAGCAUUUCAAAAAGCAUGGGGCCGAACACUACUGGGACCUUGCACUGAGUGAAUCUGUGUUGGAGUCCACUGACUGAGACUACUGCUACCCUGUGUCUCCUUUGCCUUCGUCUCCUCAGUCUUCUCACUCUGCUCCCCUCCUUCCCCACCGUGUGUGAUCUCAGAACUGUGCCAGGCAGCCUGGUGCUACCCUCACCCUGUAUGUGCAUAUGAUUAA